UAUUCCUAUUCCUCGGCAAUCUCGGGGCAUUCCUCGGUGCGUCGUAGUUCGCUUGCUUUGCCUUUUAAUUCAAAUGUAUUAAUUUAAAAACUUGUAUUCAUUGUCAUCGUCAUGUCAAAACGUGAAAUACUUACGAUACAAUUUGGGCACUAUUCAAAUUACAUUGGAUCUCAUUUUUGGAACAUACAAGAACUUGGUUUCGACUACAGCGGUGCUAGCAAAACCGAAUGCAAUCAUGAUAUUUUGUAUCGAGAGGGACAAACCGCUACGGGAGAGAUCACAUACACUCCUAGGUUACUUUUAUGCGAUUUAAAGGGCUCUUUAAAAACAUUGCCUGCAAGUGGUGGAUUGCCUGAUGAAUUUGAAAAUGUUGAGGAUAUUACUUGGGAAAGUAUUGAAAAAAUUGAGGAACCGGUCGCGCCAAAGAAUGAAUUCUUAGAGGACAUUGAUUCUGCCGGGCCCUCUGUUGCCGGAUCAAAACAAUACAGAUUGGAAGAGAGUGUAAACACUUGGACUGACUUUUUGUAUCCACGAUUCCAUCCUCGCACUGUUAACAUUGUCAAAGAAUACAGCCAUGGAGAUGAUAAGGCACCAUUUGAUUUGUUUCAUCUUGGACGACCAGUGUGGAAAUCCAAAUUUGGCGAAGACUUCAGUGAUAAUAUCAGAAAAUAUGUUGAAGAAUGUGAUAGUAUACAGGGUUUCCAAAUAAACUUUGACUGCACUGAUGGGUUCUCAGGCCUCGCUUUAGCAUGCAUUGAAGAUAUGGUGGAUGAUUAUACCAAACCCAUACUCUGCCACCCUAUUAUAGCUUCUCAUUAUCCAGACAACUCUCCACAGACUCAAGAAGAAAGGGAUGUUUCAAACCUAAAAGAUUCAAUAAGAAUUGUCAAUAUACUUUUUGCCAUUGAGGGAUUAUCUCAGCAUUCAAGUUUAUUUGUUCCACUGUGUACAGGAGAGAAAGGCUGGAGAAAGCCAGGUAGUCCUAGGCUUUUUGAACAUACUACUUACAAUCCAAAAAAUUACUACCACUCAUCAGCAUUGCUGGCCUCCGCCUUGGACACACUGAGCCAAAAAUACAGAAACAAAAGCAAUGUUUACACCUUGUCAGAUAUGUGUGCAGAUAUGACUGGCUAUGGAAGAAAAAUGGCCGCAGCAUCUAUGGGCAUACCAUUUACAAUGAAUGAGUCAGAGUAUCUUAUUGACUAUUUGAAUAGGACAACAGAACCUAUCUACACACCUAUAACGCCCAGUUGUAAGAUUGCAACAGAUAAGAUGUUCCAACUCAUUACAGUGAGAGGUAUACCAGAGACUUAUCUAAAAGCUCCUUUACAGAAUGCUAAAGAGCAGAUGAAUUUACCAGCUUACAGGUGUAGGGAUGUCCAAGAAAUGAUGGAGUUAUACUUCCAAGCGAACAACUUCCUAUCCGCUACUAAUGUUACAGUAUGUGAUAAUCCUUUAGAGCUGAAAAGUCCUUAUCCAAGGAUUUUUUCAAAGAAUUUAAACAAAAAUGGUUUGGUCACAAAUGGAGUUAGUGAAGACAGGAUCCAAAGUUGUCCGGUGAUAGCGGGAUACCACAAUGGCAACUUCCUAACAGAUAUGCUUGAAAAGCUACACAGAGAGGUGAGCAGGGUAAAAUUCGCAAAAUUACACAAGUUUGGAGAGGAAGGCUUGGAAGCCUCUGAGUAUCAGGAGACCUUGGAUAGGCUUGCUGAAUUUAAAGAUAACUAUGAAGAUAAUUUUGAACUUUAAUUGAAGUAAUGUAAGUCUUGUUAAUAAACUAAUU